UGAAUAUUCUUGCAAGGAACAUGUUGUAACAGUCACGGAUGCCUAAUAGGCUAAGAAAAGGCAUCAAUUUUCUCCACAAGAAACUUCGCCUCCUCUCUCUCUCUCUCUCUUAGUCUCAUCAUGCAACAUCAAUCAUGGAUUAUCAUCGGAACAAUCUGUGCGACUCUAGUGCACGUAUGCUUAACACUGGACUCUCCUUCAGGAGAUGAUAAAAUCGUCAGCUUGCCAGGGCAGCCACAGGUCAGUUUCCAGCAAUAUGCAGGAUAUGUAACCAUUGAUGAAAAGCAACAGAGAGCUCUGUUUUACUACUUCGUUGAAGCAGAAACCGAACCAGCUUCGAAGCCUCUUGUUCUUUGGUUGAAUGGCGGACCUGGCUGUUCAUCGAUUGGAGCUGGAGCCUUUUCCGAGCAUGGGCCUUUUAGGCCAAGCGGAGACAUUCUCGUCAGAAAUUAUUAUAGCUGGAAUAAAGAAGCAAAUAUGUUAUACCUGGAAUCACCAGCAGGAGUUGGAUUCUCCUACUCUGCUAACACAUCUUUCUAUGAUUCAGUGAACGAUGAACUGACAGCACAAGACAACCUAGUGUUCCUCGAGCGCUGGUUCACAAAAUUCCCAGAGUACAAAAGUAGAGAUUUUUUCAUCACAGGGGAGAGCUAUGCAGGACACUAUGUUCCACAACUUGCACACCUCAUUAUUCAAUCUAACGCAAAAUUCAAUCUCAAGGGCAUAGCUAUAGGGAAUCCUCUACUGGAGUUCAAUACUGAUUUCAACUCCCGGGCUGAGUUCUUAUGGUCUCACGGAUUAAUAUCUGAUUCAGCUUUUGAAAGUUUCACUUCAAUCUGUAAUUACUCCCAAAUCAGAAGACAGUAUGCAAGUAGUGGCUCUCUCACCCCUGUUUGCUCCAAAGUAUUUAGCCAAGUUUCCAGAGAAAUUAGUAAGUUUGUCGACACAUAUGAUGUCACUCUUGAUGUCUGUUUAACAUCGCUUCUUUCGCAAUCCGAAGUGUUGAAUCAAAUGCAAGACACAGAGAAAAUAGAUGUUUGUGUGGAAGAUGAAACAAUUAAGUACUUGAACCGGAUAGAAGUACAGAAGGCUUUUCAUGGUCGGCUUAUUGGAGUCACCACAUGGACUAUUUGCAGCGACGUCGUGAAAUAUGACAUGCAAAAUCUAGAAAUACCUACCAUCCAUGUUCUGGGUGCACUUGUCAAGUCUGGCAUCCGGGUGUUGGUAUACAGCGGAGACCAAGAUUCGAUUCUCCCACUUACUGGGACACGGACACUUGUAAAUGGACUGGCCAAGGAGUUGGGACUAGAUACAGCUGUGCCUUACAGAGCCUGGUUUGAAGGAAGACAGGUAGCUGGAUGGACACAAGUAUAUGGUGACAAGUUAUCUUUCGCCACCAUUAGAGGAGCAUCGCAUGAAGCUCCAUUUUCACAGCCAAAGAGAUCACUCGUUCUAUUGAGUGCAUUUUUGGCAGGAAAGCCACUGCCGGAAGUACUCUCAUAGACACAGCAACUUCAUUAAUAAAUGUUAAGUAAUCCUAUUGUUACAUUCGACGAGUAAUCCUUUACAUUUCUUCACAACAGCAGAGACUAUUCUCUCAGUUCUGAACAUUUUUUCACCAAA